AUGAUAUUUCUUGAGUUCCACAAUUCGGCUGUGGAGGAUUUGCUUCUUACCCGCUUCAGUAGUGCCAAAGCUGGCUCAAAAUUUGAAAAAAUCGACCACACUGUCGCUGAUUUCGAUCGCAUUCUCUAUCGGAUUCACAACCCUGAGAAGGAUAAAUCCAAGCUCCUAGUCAGUCUCCUGGUAAACUUUUUCGACGAAUUGAAGGAAUAUGAUGUUGAAGGACUUCUGAGGCGAGAAUACGGCCCGUACAUAUUGGACGAACCAUACCCUGGUUACUCAGUCACUCUUUGUUUUGAUUUGCAAAAUGUCCCAGAUAACUACGAGGCGGUUGCCCGUCAUGUCGCUAUGCUAAAACGGAAUUGCUUCGCUGCAGUAUUUGAGCCUUUUUUCCUCCUCCAAGCACUAGCAGAUGAGCCCAUAAUCUCUAAACGAGCUGUUAUCCACUACAGUCCUGAUGAAGCCAUGUAG